GUGUUGCUUCAUGUCGCUCAGCGGCCUCGCUUCGUUGAGGAACCUAAAGAUCCAGGGCGGAGAUGUUGAUCGACUCCCAGAUGCGUUCACCUCGUUACAGUCACUCGCGCAACUAGUGGUCGAAAUGUACAGCCUGGAUGAACUGCCGCGGGACUUCGGCAAUCUGAGCUCGCUGAAAUUGCUGGAGCUGAACAGCUGCCUCUUUCUAACCUCCCUUCCGGAAUCAUUUGGGCGACUUACCAACUUGGAGUUUCUUUCCGUCAGCACCUGCCGCAGGAGGCUUCAGCUGCCCGAAUCCAUCUCCAACCUUUUGUCUCUAGUGACGUUUGAAAUUUUGAGCUGCCAAGAACUUUCGCCGCUGCCCGAGAGUCUCGAUGACCUGAAGGCGGUCGAAACCCUACGUCUAGAGGAGGUGGGGGGGAUCACAUUCCUGCCAGCGAGUCUUGGGCAGCUGCGGCGGCUGUGUCUCCUUUCUGUUAACUGCUCCAAUAUACGGUAUCUGCCUCUGUCACUUCCCAGUCUGCCCUCACUUACGAACCUCAACGUUGCUGGCGCAAGGCUUGUUCUGCUGCCCGUAGAGAUUGGUCAGCUAUUGGAACUAUGGACGCUCACGGUGGACGCUGGGAAUCUCAUGCACCUGCCUCCCACCCUCACCCUUGCAACCGCACUCCAAGAGCUCACCCUGGAAAUCAUUUCGUCUCUACCGAGAGGAUGGGGGGAGGAGCCAUGGGAGGAGGGGAAUGAAGGGGAGGAGGGGAGUGCAGGGGAAGAAGGAGAGGAGGGGGAAGAGGAGGAGGAGGAGGAGGAGGAGGAGGAGGAGGAGGAGGAGGAGGAGGAGGAGGAGGAGGUCGUGGAGUCGGAUGGUGCUGAGGAGGGAGAGUGGGACGAGGAUGGGGAGGAAGGAGAGGGCAGUGGGGAGGAAGAGGUGGAGUGAGACGAACAGGGGUGGUGAUG